GUCGAAUGAGCUAUUGGGGUUCCCAAAUAAUAACGGGGACACACAGACAGACAAAAAAGACACACAGACGGAUGGACGGAGAUAGGCAAGUGUUCCGAUAAAAACGCAAGACCAUAACCGGAUUCUAUACGCUUUUCUUAUUCCCGUUGUUUUUUGUCUUUUAGUCUUUUUAAUUAUUUAUUUAUUCGCUGUAUUUAUUUAUUUAUUUAUUUAUUUAUCGAUUGAUUGCGUUUUAAUUACUGCCUUGUGACAGAGAGCGAGGGAGGAGGAGCGUCAGGGCCAAGCGCGCGCGUUGUGUUUGUGUGUGAGUGUGUGUGCGCGCGUGCAGCCUUUUACCCCACUUGUUUAUUUAUUUGUUCAUGAUAGCCUUUAAUGAAGCUGUUUUAAAUGUGCUCGCGACGCGAUCCGCUGCUAUUCGCGAGCGGAUGAAUGUCUUAUAUAUGUAGCCUUCAUGCAAAGGAGAGAGGAGAAGGAGCGCGUGCAGCUAGAGACCAAAUACAAUAGAUCAAACCAAAUACUACAGAAAUCCAAAUAAGACUUUCUAACUCUACUGGCCUUUUAACACUGUAUGUCUGUUUCUAUGUGUCAUAAUUUAUUGUGCUGUUUUAAAUUGCAAAGCGAAUACCAAAGCUGAGCCCGGCCGGUGAUGCUACAGGAGGAGGCUAGCGACUGUUCUCAUGCCUUUUCACACCUAUAGGAAACAUUACUGGUGAGGAGGAUAAAAUAAGCUCCCGGGCCUCUAUGUUUACUCAAGGAGAACGCUUUAACAGUGCAAAGGUAACAGAGAGACGCAGGUGCAUCAACGACAGGCAGGUGACACACAGCCUUUUAUUCUAAAGCUACUACAAUAGGCCUGUAAUUGUAACACAACUUUUCCUGUAGCCUGUAGAAGUGAGGUCUGAUCUCCUCUCUAUCCGUCUGUGUGUUAGUCUGGACUGUAAGCUAACUGCUGCACUCAAGGGACCAUCUUACAUAUAUGUUCUAUGCACAUUUACACCAAAACUAAUGCCGGCCACCAGUCGACAUCCACAAAUGUAAAUAAAAGGGCGCAGCUGGGCUACAUGUGUACACACCUAACGGCGAAUGUUGUGAGCUCUCCAUACCAAAUAUUUCCCCAAAGCUGUCUACCAGAGAAACGGACGAAGACACAGAAGCUUCAGAAGAGGACAUAGCUUGUUAUUAUAGUACUUCUGUCAGAUUAUUUGCAUCAAAACAAGAAGCCGGAGGAAGAUCAUGUUUGUUCCCUUGCCGGUGCCGUUCGUGUUUCAGAGAACUGCCCCUGACCUCAACGCCUGGCGUCUCAAGUCCCCUCUGGCUCUCCGCUCCAACUCCGAUAUCAGGAUGUCAAAGCCAGUAGAGGGCGAGAAAGUAGGGGCUGACUCACCGUUGGAGGGCACAGAUUCAGAGCGGAAUGGACCUGAAUCAAAUCACCAGGCUCAGUCAAUGAAAGUCAAUCCCUUUUCCCUUUCACCAAACCUGAGCAGCAAGAAUAAGAUGGAGGAGUGCGGUGAGAUGUCCCCGGCCCUUCCUCUCUCUCACGGCCCGACCCCCUCACAGACGGCCCUGCAACAUACACAGCUCAUGCUGACCGGCUCCCAACUCGCAGGGUUGACAGCUCUGUUGCCAGCGCAGCAGCAGCUGCUGCUGCAGCAGGCUCAGGCGCAGCUGCUGGCUGCAGCUGUGCAGCAGUCCAGUGCAGCCCACGCCGCUCAUGCUGCACACGCAGCUGCCCAGGCCAAUCAGCAAGCUCAGGCAGCCGCAGCAGCAAAUCAGCAAGCCCAGCAGCAGCAACAGCAGCAGCAGCAACAGCAGGCGGGACAAACAGGGCAGCAGGCCCAGUCGCAGUCCCAGGGACAGGGACAGAGCACACAGGAACAGACAGCCCAAAGUGUCCCUGUCCCACCUCCUCCACCCCAGCUCACCCUCUCCCAGCCAAUCCAGCUCACCGCCCAGGACAUCCAGCAGUUGCUGCAGCUUCAGCAGCUGGUGUUGGUGCCCGGCCACUCGCUCCCAUCUCCUGCCCAGUUCCUCCUCCCACAGCCACAGCAGGGCCAGCAAGGACUCCUAUCGACACCAAAUCUCAUUUCGCUACCUCAGCAAAACCAAGGGAGCCUGCUGUCUGCUUCAACUAGAAUGGGACUCCAAGCACAGCGAGAUAAGAGUGUGGAGGUGAGCGGUGUAACUACGGUGCCCUCAGUGACCUCUCACCCCGAGGAGCCCAGUGACCUGGAGGAGCUGGAACAGUUCGCUCGCACUUUCAAACAGAGACGCAUCAAACUGGGCUUCACACAGGGAGACGUUGGUUUGGCCAUGGGGAAGCUGUAUGGCAACGACUUCAGUCAGACCACAAUCUCUCGCUUUGAAGCCCUCAACCUGAGCUUUAAGAACAUGUGCAAGCUGAAGCCACUGCUGGAGAAGUGGCUCAAUGAUGCAGAGACCAUGUCCACAGACUGUACCCUGCCCAGCCCCAGCUCCCUGUCCUCUCCCUCCAUGGGCUUCGACGGGGUUCCUGGACGCCGCAGAAAGAAGAGAACCAGCAUCGAGACGAAUGUACGUGUGGCCCUGGAACGCGCAUUCAUGACGAACCAGAAGCCUACCUCAGAAGAGAUCCUGCUGAUCGCAGAGCAGCUCAACAUGGAGAAGGAGGUGAUCCGGGUCUGGUUCUGCAACCGCCGGCAGAAAGAGAAACGCAUCAAUCCCUCCAGUGCCACCCCUCCCCUGCCCAGCCAGCCCCCCACUGCCCCACCGACGCACAAGCCGCCCUGCUACAGCCCUCACAUGAUGUCCAGCCAGCUGUCGCAGGCCGUGACCAGUCUCAGCACAACAGUGACCACCAUGUCCCCCGGUUGCCCCCUGACUUCCAGCCUCACCUCCACCCACCCCUCUCUCAGCUCCGCACCCUCCCCGGUGACUCCUCCUCCUCCUCCCCGCAGCACGGCCAGCCCAGCCACUCCCAGCCACAGCACACUCAACCUUAACACAGGCUUAUGGCGUAUGGGUAAAAAGAACGGUGACGUGUCUAACUACAUCACCGAUUUUGCUGCAAACUUGAGGAACACUGUGAUGGGAGUUAACACAGGGAUGAACCAAGCCCUCCUCGGUAACAAUCCCCUGGCCACUAUCCAAGCCCUAGCAGCCAGUGGUGGCCAGCUGCCUCUUUCCAGUCUUGAGGGGGCCAGUAAGGUGAUGCUGGGGGCCUCUGGGGGCCAGGGGUGUCUCCCCUCCUCCCUCUUCCUCAACCACCCCGCCCUCCUCCACAUGGGCCAGAACCCCGGCGCUGGACUGAUCAGCGCCGCCGUAGCCAAAGCCUCCCAGGCCUCCCCCUUCCCCUCGGCCAGCAGCAUCAGCCCCACUCCCUGCUCCCCCUCCCCCUGCUCCAGCCCCGCCUCUUCCUGCUCCUCCAGCGAAAUGGCACACAGCCCGACCUCUCUGGGCGGAGCCAAGAUUGAGUGACCACGCCAAGGGCCAAUCAGAGAGGAGGAGGAAGGAGGAAACGAGAACCUCGCCUUUCACACCAAAGCUAUCUCUUUCUCUCUCUUGCGCUCUUCUUCCGUUAUUUUUUUCGCAAUGGCUCUUUCUC